GUCUCUCUUUCCGGGGAUUCCCUUCGGCCGGGCGGGCGGGCGUCUCCGGCCGCGGCACCUCCAGCUCGGCGCUCCCUUGCGCGGUCCAGCCCCCGGGGCCGCUGCUCCGGCCGCUCGGCCUCCCCCGGCAGUAGUCGACCCAUGGCCGAGCGAGGGGAGCUCGAUCUGACCGGCGCGAAGCAGAACACCGGAGUGUGGCUGGUGAAGGUUCCUAAAUAUUUGUCACAACAAUGGGCUAAAGCCCCUGGAAGAGGUGAAGUUGGGAAACUGCGGAUUGCCAAGAAUCAAGGAAGGACUGAGGUGUCAUUUACUUUGAAUGAAGAUCUUGCAAAUAUUCACGAUAUUGGUGGAAAACCAGCUUCGGUUAGCACUCCUAGAGAACAUCCGUUUGUCUUACAAAGUGUUGGAGGACAGACAUUAACAGUCUUUACUGAGAGCUCAUCAGAUAAACUUUCAUUGGAAGGAAUUGUGGUACAAAGAGCUGAAUGCCGACCUGCUGCCAGUGAAAACUACAUGCGAUUAAAGAGAUUGCAAAUAGAAGAAUCUUCCAAACCCGUAAGGCUAUCACAACAACUGGACAAAGUUGUGACAACCAAUUAUAAACCUGUUGCUAAUCAUCAAUACAAUAUUGAAUAUGAAAGGAAAAAGAAAGAAGAUGGAAAACGAGCUCGAGCUGAUAAACAACACGUUUUAGACAUGCUAUUUUCGGCAUUUGAGAAACAUCAGUAUUAUAAUCUUAAGGACUUGGUGGACAUCACAAAGCAGCCUGUGGGGUACCUGAAGGAAAUCUUAAAAGAAAUUGGUGUUCAGAAUGUAAAAGGGACGCACAAAAACACAUGGGAGCUGAAGCCAGAGUAUAGACAUUAUCAAGGAGAAGAAAAGAGUGAUUAAGGAGACUCUAAGCCAGCAUGCUAAUGGAACAGCUAAAGGGUGAUGCUAAAGAAACACCACUGAGACUCAAAUACUUGAGUACCAUCUAUUAUAGGGGUAAAAUGACUGGAACUUUAAUUUCCCUAGGUGAAUUUUUUAAACAGUAAUUCUUGUAAAGUACUUAAGUUUUUUGAGGAAAAAAACUUAUUUAUAGGCUUAUAUUAAACUAGAUUAUUCAGAAUGGGGUAGGGGUUGGGGGUGUUAAGGUUUUUCUUUUUAAAUAUUAACUUUUAAAAUGUAAAAUUAGGAAAUGUUUUCUAAAUGAGGACUCUCUGUCCUUGUUUUAUCUCUGAGGAUCUGAGGUAAUACAAAUCUGAAGGGAAUGACAAAGCAAGAAAAAAGUAGUCAACUACAGAAAGUCUUACAAGGAAUAAAAAGCCAAAGUUCCUUAUUCUGAUAUUGUCAAAGAACAAAGCCGUCUUUAUUUAUUUAUUUUUACAGGUGAUCAUGUUUCAUAUUCACACCCCUUAAUAAAAAAGAGCAUUUUAUGUUUGUACCUAUGA